AUGUUAUUGUCUCGAUGUUUUUUGUUUGGCAAGCGCUCUUCUUUAUAUUAUGGUUGUAAUCAACAAUCUGUAGCUGCAGCUUCUAACAAUGCACGGCCGGCAAUAAAGCCGCUUAAGAAUCAUGUAGUUUUGGUAACAGGUGGUGCACGAGGUGUUGGUCGUGGUAUUUCUAUGAUACUUGGUGAAGCUGGUGCUACAGUUUAUGUCACAGGACGGCCAAAAAAUUUGUCAUCAAAAAAACCAACUUUAGAUGAUACAGUCAAUGAAAUUACGAGCAAAGGUGGUAAAGCAAUUGCGGUUUUCUGUGAUCACUCUAAAGAUGAAGAAGUAAAAGAACUCUUCAAAAAAAUUGCUAAAGAUGAAAAUAAUCGGUUGGAUGUACUUGUAAACAAUGCUUUUUCGGGAGCACAAGCGGUCGGCGAAAAUGCUGGUAAAAAAUUUUAUGAGUGUGAUCCUUCAUUUUGGGAUGAAAUCAAUAAUGUUGGCUUAAGAAAUGCUUAUAUUUGUUCAGUAUUGGCUUCAAGGAUGAUGGUUCCACGUCGAAAAGGAUUGAUAAUAAAUAUCAGCUCCGCUGCUGGUAUUCGUUACUUUUUCAAUGUUCCUUACGGAGUUGGAAAAGCUGCUAUUGAUAGGAUGUCAGCGGACAUGGCUCAUGAACUGAAAGAUAGUAACGUUGCGGUGGUGUCUCUGUGGCCAGGAACUGUAAAAACUGAACAGUCGUAUGACUGGUUACAAUCUGGGAAACUAAGCCAACUCACACAAUUGCCUCAGGCUCAAAUAGCGCGUAUGAUAAAGGAUGGGGAAACUCCUGAAUUUGUGGGACGAGCGGUGCUGUGUUUGACUUGUGACGAUAGAGUAAUACGGAAAACAGGGUGUAUACUUUUGACUGCUGAUCUAUGCAACGAGUAUUUGUUUAUUGACAAUGACGGAAGAAUUCCUUCACAUAUGAGAAGCGUAAGUUCUGCGUUAGACUUUUUUGGAUUUAGAACUGCUGCAAAACUUGUGCCCCGGUUUUUGAGGAUCCCGGCCACAUUUCUUCAUCUUUCAUCGAAUAAGUUUUACAAGUUGUAA